GCCAGCGGCCGCUCUCGGCCGGAGUCCGCAGUCCGCUCCCAGGACCCAGCUUCCCACAGUCCCACUCCCACAUUUCUAUCUUUCUAGCUUAUUUAAUUUUCUUUAUCAUUUAUUCAUUUUAUGCUUAAUUAGAGAAUCAGAGAUAUUGUAGAUAUACAUUGAAAGCUUUUUAUUUGCUAUUUUAUAUUUUGAAAGCAUGCCUAAUAAAAAAUAUGAAAGUGGUUGUCAAAAAUUGAAAAAAAAGAAAAAGAGUUGAAAAAUUAAUUCUAUCUCAACAAGGAGCUCUUGAUAAAUUUGUUUUUAGUAAUAAAGAUAAUUUUACAUCAACUUCAACAGAAGAAGAAAGAAUAGAUGAACCUUUAGAUUCUUUACUUGAGAAUGAAUUAGAAGAAUAUGUUGAGAAUUUAGGACAAAAUAAUGAUAUUAACGAUAGUAAUAUUCAAGAAAAAACUAGUUCUACUAAUUUUAAUGAAGAAUAUAAAGAAAAUUCACACGAGGGCCAAGAAAAAAAUUUAGAGAUGAAUGAGAUAUCAAAUUCAAUUCUUAUCAAUAUUUAUGAUCCUGGACAAUGGAAAUGUAUUGAUCAAAAUUUUAUAGAUCUAAUAGUUGAAAAAGGUCCAAUUAAAUAUGAAGAAGUAGAUUUUCAUAAAGAUGAAAAUAAUAGGCACUUUUCUACAUCAUAUUACAUUAAAAUAUUAUCAAAUGGAGAAAAACAUGAAAGAAGGUGGUUAGUUUACUCAAAAGAUUUAGAUAGAGUUUAUUGUUUUUGUUGCAAAUUAUUUACUUUAAAAUCUAGUACAAGUCAGUUAGUUAACGAAGGUACUAGAGAUUGGAAAAAUCUUGAAUAUAAAAUUAAAAAUCAUGAAACAAGUCAUGAACAUAUCACUAAUAUGUGUAAAUGGGUGGAUUUAGAAGUAAGAUUACAAAAAAAUAAGACAAUAGAUAAAAACAUUCAAGAACAAAUUAAUAAAGAAAAAGAACACUGGAAAAUAGUCUUACUAAGACUUAUUGCUAUAGUAAAACAUCUAUCAAAAAAUAAUCUUGCAUUUGGAGGAACAAAAGAAGAGAUAUAUGCAAAAAAUAAUGGAAACUUUUUAAGCUUAGUUGAAAUGAUAGCGGAAUUUGAUCCCAUAAUGCAAGAACAUGUUAAACGUAUUCAAGAAGGUGAAAUUCAAAAUCAUUAUCUUAGUCAUAAAAUGCAAAAUGAACUAAUAGAGUUGCUAGCUUCUGAAAUUAAAAAAAUGAUCAUUAAAAAAAUAAAAGAAGCAAAAUAUUUUUCAGUUAUCCUUGAUUGUACUCCAGAUGCAAGUCAUCAAGAACAAAUGACUCUUAUUUUAAGAUGUGUUGAUACUUCAACAAGUCCAAUAAAGGUUGAAGAAUACUUUUUAGAGUUUUUAAAAGUAGAUAAUACUUCGGGAAAAUGCCUUUUUGAUGAACUUUUAAAUAUUUUGAAAACAUAUGAACUUGAUGUUAAAGAAAUAAGAGGGCAAAGUUAUGAUAAUGGAUCUAAUAUGAAAGGAAAACACAAUGGAGUACAAAAGAGGCUAUUAGAUAUAAAUCCUAGAGCAUUCUACACACCAUGUGGUUGUCAUAAGUUAACUUUAGUCUUAUGUGAUAUAGCUAAUUCAUGUCCUAGAGCUAUUUCUUUUUUUGGAGUGUUGCGACGUAUAUACUCAUUGUUUGCUUCCUCUACUAAACGAUGGAAAAUUUUAGAAGAUAAUGGAUGCAAGUUAUCCGUUAAAUCUUUAUCUCAAACUAGAUGGGAAAGUCGGAUUGAAAGUGUUAAAGCAAUAAAAUUUCAAGCUCCAAAUAUAAGAGAUGCUUUGAUUCAAUUAGCAGAAAUUAGUGAAGAUCCAAAGAUAAAAAGUGAAGCUAAUAGCUUAGCAACUUAUGAGAUUGAAAAUUUUGAAUUCUUAUUAGCUAUGAAUAUUUGGUAUGACAUAUUGUUUGCUGUUAAUUCAGUUAGUAAAAUCUUACAAUCUAAAGAUAUGCAUAUUGAUAUUGUCAUAGAUCAAUUAAAGAGUCUUAUUGUAUAUUUAGAAAAUUAUAGACAAAAUGGUUUUAUGUCUGCUUUGAAUUCAACUAAAGAACUUGCUAAUGAAAUGAACGUACAUCCUAUAUUUCGUGAAAAACGUAAAAUUUAUAGAAAAAAACAAUUUGAUGAAAAUAUUGGUAAUGAAACAAUAUUUAACGCUGAAGAAUCUUUUCGUAUUGAAUAUUUCUUAUACAUAGUUGAUGAAUCGCUUUGCUCAAUUGAAAGUAGGUUUGAACAAUUUAAAACGUAUGAAAAAAUUUUUGGUUUUUUGUUUGAUUUGAAAAAAUUAAAAGCUUUAGAUGAUGUUGAAUUGAAAGAAUAUUGUCUUACUCUCGAAAGUGCACUAAAAUAUGAUGAACAUUUAGAUAUUAAUGGACUUGAUUUGUUUUCAGAAUUGAGAGUGCUUAGGGAAAAUUUAAAAGUAGAGAUUAAUAGUCCAAUUGAAGUGUUGAACUAUAUAAAGUGGUUAGAUUCUUUUCCAAAUACUUGUAUUGCUUAUCGUGUACUAUUGACUAUACCCGUAACAGUUGCUUCUGCUGAAAGAAGUUUUUCAAAAUUAAAAUUACUAAAAUCGUAUUUAAGAUCGACCAUGUUACAAGAUAGAUUGAAUGAUUUAGCAAUAUUAUCUAUCGAAAAUAAUAUGUUAGAAAGUAUCGAAUAUAAAACUUUAAUUAGUAAUUUUGCAACUCAAAAGUUAAGAAUGAGAUAAAAUCUAUUAUGAGUUGUACCACUUAGGCCUCAUCUAAUAUUUCGCAUUGGGCCCCAAAAUUCCUAGGUAUAUGUUUUCUUCAUGAUUGUUGUAAAUGUUUUCUCUGGGAGUUUUAGUAUGCUCCCAACAAUGCAAUGACAGGAUCAAAAUUCUGCCCCAAAUGAAAAAAAACAUUAUGUUAAAGUAAUAAUUUUCCUAAAAUAUACAAUAGGUCUGCAUUUGUAGACGCAUCUAUUUGCUUGUUGUUACAUGUUUAUACAUGAAGUUUAAAUAUUUCUUCGUGCAUUUUUAUAUGCAUAUAUAGUAACUUUGUGUUUUUAGGCCAUUAUAUUAUGCGACUUCAAAACAAUAAUUCAUGCAGAAAAGGUUUUGCUUAAGAAAUAGAAAGAUUAUUUAGUUUAUUACUGUGUAGGUUGCUGUAAAUUACAGGUUAUAUCAUGAUAUGCUAGUUUGUUGUUUGCCCCUUACAUUCUCACUCAGGUGUUUGUCUUACUCCUCUACCAAUUCUUGCAUUCCCUUCCAAAUAUGUACAAUAAUCACCUUUCAUAUCUCUUGUUAUCCGGAUUUCUUUAGAUGAUCCAGUUGACAAAUAUAUGCUUGCAUUCAAAGAAGCAAUACCAUUACCUGCUAACUUGCCGUUGAAGGAAGUUAUGAUGUGUUUUCUUAAAGAUUCUGUUGUUCCUGUUAUAGAGGACUGGCGUAGCUGUGUUGGAAUUGUGCAUCCUGAUGACUGUAAAGAGCUGGAUGCACCUGUUUCGUCGUUGAUGAGGGGACCGCCACCUUGCGUUACCACAUCUAUAUCAAUUACUUGGCCGAGUAAUUGAUCUGAUCGUCGACAAGAAAUACCAAAUGGUGGUGGUGGUUAAAAAUAGCGAUGUAUAUGAAACCAGUUACAGCUUGGGUGCAAUGCCUGUUGGCGUCUCUACGCAGGAAAAGAUUUUGGAGCUUAUAGUUGCGUCUUAAGCGAAACCUUUAGCUUGUACAACUCAAGCAACGCAAAGAGUUCUCCCCGGGCUUGGCUUAAGGAGGAUUAGGUUUAGUGUGUUGUAUCAGUUGCGUGCAAAGUUCCCUUUUGGCAUUUCUACAAUCUUUUGCUGUAAAUUUUUUUUAGGGCUCAUCUUUCUAUCGCCUUAUGGAAUUAGGUGGUUAGAAGAUUGAUUUCCUUAGUUUUGUUAUUAAACAUAUUUAUAAACAGUGUACUUCUGUUAUAAAACAUAUUUAUAAACAGUGUAUAAUCCAAUUAUCUCCUAUACUA